AUGGAUGGCCACUAUCCGUAUCCGACCGAGUUCCAUGCCUAUCAUGGGCCUGGUCCCCUUGCCAUUGAGCACGACCCUCAGCUUUAUGCCCAUGAUGACACCAAUCCGAUGUCGACGGCGAUGCCGAACCCCAUGAUAGCCUUCUCGUGCGGCCACGGCGUCGCGGGCAAGGGUCCUCACCUGCCUGCCUUUAGCUCACAGUACCCGCUCCCCCCUGUUGCUACUCACCAGUUUGAGUACUGGCAGCCUCGUCACGCCCACUUUGAUGGCAGCGUCCGUAGUGACUCGCCUCGGUCGGACAGCCUGAGUAGCGGGUGCAUGUCCACCUACAGCUACGAUGAUGCCGUCUCGUCUACAUCAGGCUUCGAGAGCUCGCCCUCCCCUCCCGCAUACCAGGAGCCCAUGCCACUGGCUCUAUACGAGCGUGAGCCCAUGGGCGCAGUCAGCGAGACUGCUCCGCCGAUGAUACACCAAGGCAGCCAUAUGUUUGUAGCCUAUCACAACCAGAACCCCAUUGAAUACGCCUCGACAGCCGCUUCAUCUUCCCCGAAGAAGGAGUCCAUCAAGACCUCUCGCAAGACCACCACCUCCGCCCGCAAACAGUCCACGCAACCCAGGGGCGUGCAGAAACGCACCACCAGAACAGCCAAGAAGACACCCGCCCGCUCCAAAGCCCGAACCGCUCCCGACACGACCACCAAGCAGUCGACCAAGAAGUCCUCGGAACGCCGCUUUGUAUGCAGCUUUGCCCGCUACGGCUGCUCAAGCACAUUCCCCUCGAAGAACGAAUGGAAGCGUCACGUCAGCUCCCAGCACAUCCAACCGGGCUUCUACCGCUGCGAUACCGGCCGAUGCAGCCUCAACAAUCGCGAGUCUACUACUAGCUCCCCCUCGCCCUCCCUCGACGCAAACCACCAGCACCAACAAUCCGCCCUCCUCGUCAACGACUUCAACCGCAAAGACCUCUUCAUCCAGCACCAACGCCGCAUGCACGCACCCUGGGUGACAGCCAAGAACCAGCGAUCCAAGCAGUCAUCCGUGACCGAGGACGAGAAGAUGGCCUUUGAGGCGAGCCUCGAGGAGGUCUACAAGCGGUGCUGGAGGCAGCUUAGGCUGCCCCCUACGCAGAGCAAGUGUGGGUUCUGCGGGCAGGAGUUCCAGGGCCCGCAUGCGUGGAAGGAGCGCAUGGAGCAUGUGGCAAGACACUUUGAGAAGGGCGAUGCGGGUCCUGAGGAGGAGGAUGUGCCGCUGAGGGAGUGGGCUGUUGAGCAGGGGAUUAUUCGGUUUGAGAAGGGGACGUGGAAGCUUGCAGGGCUUUGUCGGAAGUAG